AUGAAGUCGCUCCUUCUGUGUCUACUUCUUGCUCUCGUCUGCCUGUUGGCUGUGAAUUCAGCUACGGCCAGCAUGAUGCGUAGGCAAGUACCGCUGCCGAGUGACAUCGAUGAAAACGAUGAAGGCAUGAUGAUUGAUGACGAUGAGUAUAAGAAGGCGAAAUCGGAAAUAAAGAGAAGAUUAAUGGAGAUUAUCAGGAGAAGGAAUAAUGGACAGAAGAUGAGACGUCGCCGUGGAGAUAAAGUGCAAAAUCAGUCGGACGAAUUGAAUAAGAAGAUAUAUUGGGGACAUCGCUAA